AUGCAGUCGCCAAACGUCAAGCCCGAGCAAGCCUCGGCAGAGUCCAUAGGGGGACUCAACCACACGAUGGAUCCGAUGGACAUGUCCAACCCUCACCAUAACGGAAACGUGGUCGCUGGAACAAAACGUAAAAUCAACAGCGCAAGCCCUCGCGGGGUGGCCAACUUGACUCCGGAGCAACUAGCCAGAAAACGCGCAAAUGAUCGGCAAGCGCAACGAGCGAUACGGGAGCGUACAAAGGCCCAGAUUGAGGCAUUGGAGCGGCGAGUGCAUGAAUUGACAUCUCAGCAGCCGUACCAGGAUAUACAGAAUUUGGUUUCGGAAAAGGAGAGGAUCAUGAGAGAGAAUCAAGAUAUCAAGCGCCGGUUGAGCGCUAUGAUGAACAUACUGCAGCCAUUGAUGGAUAGAGAUGACAUGCCAACAAUAUCGCCAACGAAUUCUCAGUUGGCUAUGACAACAGCACCACUUGCAAACAACUCCGCGAUACCACCUACGAACGCCGGACCGAUCCCCGCGGAAACGACACAUCCAUCCCCAUUCACCGAUCGAAGUCACGACACACCUGUCAGCUUAGAGUCCCACCAGCUAGACCACUCAUGGAACGAGUCGAUUCCUGGAAACUUGUCUCCUACCAAUGUCGAACUCAAAUGCGCGCCUCGGCCGGAUGCUUUUGGCGAGAAACUCAUCUUGAAUUUUCUUCUCGAUAAUCCUCGACAGAUACCCAAGAUCAGAGACAUUCCCAAAUUGUCGGCGGAGCACAGUAGCAGUCCUGAGCCACCCAAACUCGAGUCUUCGUCGUCUACUGGGGCGGUUGCUGGCGCAGGAGCAGCGGCAAACGAUCAUCGCCAAGCACAUCUGAUAGCUGUGCAAAAUCUCAAACCUACAUGUCCACUUGAUUCUAUCUUCUUGGAUUUUCUCAAGAACCGACGCGGCGAGUUGUCGAGCGGUAUUCAACAACGAAUGGCCUACCCGAGCGUCUCAUCACUACUCAAUCCUACCGAAAACAGUACCUAUUCCUACUCUAUCAGCAAAGUAUUCAGCGAUAUCCUACGCACAUUUCCCGACAUAUCUUCUCUACCAGAACAAGUGGGCACGCUCUACACAAUGUUCCAAAUCAUGCGAUGGCAGAUCUAUCCCACGCAAGCGAAUUACGACCGGAUUCCGCACUGGCUCACACCACGACCCGCACAAUUGUUCAACCCCCAUCCAGCCUGGAUGGAUUACAUCCUAUGGCCCAAGGUCCGUGAUCGACUGUCCUACGCAUACCGCGACUAUCCCUUUGAGAAUUGGUUUGUGCCUUAUACGCGGACUAUAUCGUGUAAUUGGCCGUACGAGCCCACAGACUGCCUACUACAUAAUACAGACUCGGAUGAAUUGCUGAUCAACCCGGUGUUUGAGCGGCAUAUUCGCGAUUUGAAUAAUUGGUCUGUGGGGACGGAAUUUGCUGAGGCGUUUCCGGCGCUGGUGGACGCAUACGGCCUCGGCUCCAUGGGCCUCGCAAUGGCAAGCAAUCUCCAACGCCAUCUUUCCGCCAAACAAGGCCUGGGCCUGCUAUAUUCCAACCGCACGCUCUCCCGCGGCGAGCCCCUUCAACAACUCGGCGCAGUCCCCCAGCCGAACUUCGGGGAUCUCGUCUCCAAAUCAAACAUUAUCUUCACCAUGGUCUCUAACGACGCCGUGCUUGAGUCUCUAAUCAACGACGUACUCAAAAGCGGGGAGUCUCUCGACUCCAAAAUCUUCAUUGAUUGCUCAACCGUUCACCCUGCUACGAUCACGUCUAUUUCGUCUCAGCUAUCUUCUAAGAGUGCAUCGUUCCUCUGCGCCCCUGUCUUUGGCGGAAACCCCGUCGCAACAGCCGGAAAACUCGUCUUUGCGCUUGCCGGCGCAACGCCCGAAGUUCGUCAGAACAUCAUCAAACCCUUGAUCCAAGACGUAAUGGGCCGGAAAGUAAUCGACUGCGGCGAAGAUCCCGCCAAGUCGUCUCUGCUCAAAAUCGCGGGGAAUAUCGUUACUGUCUCGUUGAUGGAGACGGUUGGUGAAGCGCAGGUGUUUGCUGAGAAGACGGGGUUGGGUACAGGGGCGAUGGAGGAGUUGAUUGAUGAGGCUUUUGGGCCGAUUGCGGGGGGUUAUUCGAAACGACUAACGACAGGCGUCUAUGCGCCCCCCUUAACGAGCCGUCCCGGAUUCGGCGUCUCCCUCGCCAUCAAAGACGCAAAUCACGCAUUGAGCAUCGCAAAGGAUAACGGUGUUGAGCUGCCCUCUGUCGAAUUAGCACGAGACAAUAUGUCCUCCGCUCGAGAGUAUGCUGGUGAAUGUUUGGAUAGUUCGUCCAUGUAUGGCAUACUGAGGCAGAAGGCUGGAUUGGCGUUUUGGAAUGAAAAGAGUAGACAGGGCGGGAAAUAA